CAUCCUUUUUUAUGGCUGCAUAGUAUUCCAUGAUACCCAAAAUAAGAUUUCAAACCUCAAGCCUCCACUUGGGUCCUUCCUGUUCCUUGAUAGUGUCCAACAAGUUUUGAGCUGGGAGUGAGGGGGGCAACAGUGUCUGAUUUGUGUCCAGGAGAGAAAACACUCUGGCUGCUGUGGCGGGGAGGAGAAUGCCAGGGAGGAGGGGAAACCUUGCUGGCCAGUGGUAUGUCGUCAUAGCAACAGGAAUAAGGCCAGAAUGGGAGCAGGGAGGGAGGGCAAGGGGCAGCCCGAGGUGGAAUUGCCGCAAGUUGGCAGCCUCCUUGGUAGGUGGGGAGAGGGAGUUAAGAGGAGGAAGGAGGCCCAUGUUUAGGUGUGCGAGACUGAGAAUAAAAUUUCCUGCUUAUAUAGUCUGUGGCCAAAGGGAGAAGGGAGACAGCUGGAUCCCUGGGGACCCUACACCAGCUGAGACAGCAGGUGCAAUACUAAGGAGCUUGGGUUUGAGAGCCAGGGGACCCCAGGUUCGAGUCCCACUGCUGGCCCCUUUGCCCAUGUAACUUGGUUAAAUUAUUUAAGUGUCUUGCACCUUAGUUCAUUUAUCUGUAAGAUGUUAGAAUUGGCACUCAGAAAGGAAGUUACUGAUAGAAACUGGUUGCGUGGAGGGAGAUCAUAAUAAUACAUACCUCAAAGGAUUGAUCUGAGGAUGAAAUACACUAACGCCUGUCCCACACGGAGCCCAGUGCAGGUUACACAGGGAUCACAGGGACUCUUUUCAGCACCAGAGUCCACUCAGUCCUUUAUUUGCACGACUUUGAAAGUCCUCACAACGGCACUUUGAGGCAGAAACAAUUUUUAUACUUGUUUUACAAGUGAGGACGCUGGGGAUAGAACCUCCUGAAGGUUCACAAGGUUUUGCGAUGGUAUUAGCUUUACCCCUAUGCCGCAGGUAAAUAAAUGAAGCGGUGGCUGAGAGGGUAAUUCACAUACAAGCAAAGGGGGUGCCAGGCUUGGAGCUCGGGGAGCCAGGCCUGAGCCAGGCUACGGGCCCACCGGAGGAUGGACAGCCAGGCUGAACCUGCCCAGUUAGAAGAGUGGGCAGCCCUCUGUGGGGUGGGCGAGACGAAGCUGGGAGCACCCGGGGGUCCCAGCGUGCCCUCUCCUGACCGCCCUGGGCCUCUUUCCUCUGUCUGUCCCCAGCCUCUGGCCGCUCCCACCCGGCCAGCCCCAGCCCGCCGGGAGCGCACGCCAGCCCGGUGCUGCCGGUCAGCUACCGCCUGUCGCACACGCGGCUGGCCUUCUUCCUGCGGGAGGCGCGGCCCCCGUCACCCGCGGUCGCCAACAGCUCCCUGCAGCGCUCCGAGCCCUUCGUGGUGUUCCAGACCAAGGAGCUGCCGGUCCUCAACGUCUCGCUGGGGCCUUUCAGCACCAGCCAGGUGGUGGCGCGGGAGCUCCUGCAGCCUUCCAGCACCCUGGACAUCCCCGAGCGCCUGACGGUGAACUGGAAGGUGCGGGCCUUCAUUGUCCGCUCGCGCGUGCCCGCCUCGCAGCCCGUGGCCCAGGUGCUGUUCUACGUGGCCGGCCGGGACUGGGACGACUUCGGCGUCACCGAGCGGCUACCCUGUGUCCGCCUGCACGCCUUCCGGGAUGCCCGGGAAGUCAAGAGCUCCUGCCGCCUCAGCGGGGGCCUGGCCACUUGUCUCGUGCGGGCGGAGCUGCCCCUGGCCUGGUUCGGGCCCCCAGCCCCGGCUGCGCCGCCCGCGGCCCGCCGCAAGUCCCCGGACGGGCUGGAGCCCGAGGCGACAGGGGAGAGCCAGCAGGCCGAGCUCUACUACACGCUCCACGCCCCCGAUGCGUCGGGGGGCUGCGGGGGCUCCCGCCGUGGGGCCGGGCCCGGGGUGGGGGCCCGGGCGGAGAGCCCUACCCAGCACCCCCUGCUGCGCAUCGGGAGCAUCAGCCUGUUCCGCCCGCCCCCCAGGAGGACCCUGCAGGAGCACAGGCUGGACAGCAACCUGAUGAUCCGCUUGCCAGACCGGCCCCUCAAGCCCGGGGAAGUGCUCAGCAUCCUCCUCUAUCUGGCCCCCAACUCCUCCUCGCCCUCCAGCCCCAGCGUGGAGCACUUUACACUCAGGGUAAAGGCCAAGAAGGGUGUGACCCUUUUAGGUACCAAGUCACGCAGUGGCCAGUGGCAUGUGACCUCGGAGCUGCUGACUGGGGCAAAGCACUCAACAGCCACCGUGGAUGUGACCUGGGCUCAAGGCACACCCCUGCCCCCCUGGGAGGGCCAGGGCCCCUUGGAGAUCCUGCAGCUGGACUUUGAAAUGGAGAACUUCACCAGCCAGUCGGUCAAGCGGAGGAUCAUGUGGUACAUUGACUACCGUGGCCACAGCGCCCUGCCUGACCUGGAGCGGGCAGUCACUGAGCUGACGGUCAUUCAGCGGGAUGUGCAAGCCAUUCUACCCCUGGCCAUGGACACAGAGAUCAUCAACACGGCCAUUCUGACUGGCAGGACAGUGGCCAUCCCUGUCAAGGUCAUUGCCAUUGAGGUGAAUGGCCUCGUCCUAGACGUCUCUGCCCUAGUGGAAUGCGAGUCAGACAAUGAAGACAUCAUCAAGGUAUCCAGCAGCUGCGACUACGUGUUUGUGAGCGGAAAAGAGUCUCGAGGGUCCAUGAACGCCAGGGUCACCUUCCGCUACGACGUUCUCAAUGCCCCCCUGGAAAUGACAGUCUGGGUCCCCAAGCUGCCCUUGCACAUUGAGCUCUCAGAUGCCCGCCUCAGCCAAGUGAAGGGCUGGAGGGUACCCAUCCUCCCCGACCGGAGGUCAGUCCGGGAAAGCGAGGACGAGGACGAGGAAGAGGAGGAGCGGCGGCAGAGUGCAAGCCGGGGCUGCACCCUGCAGUACCAGCAUGCCACCCUGCAGGUCUUCACCCAGUUCCACACGACAUCAUCUGAGGGCACCGACCAGGUGGUCACCAUGCUAGGCCCGGACUGGCUGGUGGAGGUCACUGACCUAGUCAGUGACUUCAUGCGGGUGGGUGACCCCCGAGUGGCACACAUGGUGGACAGCAGCACACUGGCAGGACUGGAGCCAGGCACUACCCCCUUUAAGGUGGUGUCUCCGCUGACGGAGGCUGUGCUCGGGGAGACGCUGCUGACAGUGACGGAGGAGAAGGUCAGCAUCACACAGCUUCAGGCCCAGGUGGUGGCCAGCCUGGCCCUCUCCCUGCGGCCCAGCCCUGGGAGCAGCCACACCAUCCUAGCCACCACAGCUGCCCAGCAGACCCUGAGCUUCCUCAAGCAGGAAGCCCUACUGAGCCUUUGGCUCUCCUACAGUGAUGGCACCACAGCCCCACUCUCUCUCUACAGUCCCCGAGACUACGGUCUGCUAGUGAGCAGCCUGGAUGAGCGUGUGGCCACUGUGACCCAGGACCGGGCCUUCCCUCUGGUAGUGGCUGAGGCCGAGGGAGCAGGGGAGCUGCUCCGCGCAGAGCUAACCAUCGCUGAGAGCUGCCAGAAAACCAGACGCAAGAGUGUGCUGGCCACGACCCCUGUGGGCCUGCGGGUGCACUUUGGGAGGGACGAGGAGGACCCCACUUAUGACUACCCGGGCCCCAGCCAACCAGGGCCUGGCGGGGGCGAGGACGAGUCCCGGGGAGCUGGCCCGCCAGGCUCUGCGCUACCAGCACCGGAGGCCCCAGGCCCGGGCACCGCCAGCCCCGUCGUGCCACCCACAGAAGACUUCCUGCCGCUGCCCACCGGCUUCCUGCAGAUGCCACGGGGUCUGACCGACCUGGAGAUUGGCAUGUACGCGCUGCUGGGCGUCUUUUGCCUCGCCAUCCUCGUCUUCCUCAUCAACUGCAUCGUUUUCGUGCUGCGCUACCGGCACAAACGCAUCCCGCCCGAGGGCCAGACCAGCAUGGACCACUCUCACCACUGGGUGUUCCUGGGCAACGGGCAGCCGCUGCGAGUGCAAGGGGAGCUCUCGCCGCCGGCAGGCAACCCGCUGGAAACCGUGCCCGCCUGCUGCCACGGCGACCACCACAGCAGCGGCAGCUCUCAGACCAGCGUCCAGAGCCAGGUGCACGGCCGGGGCGACGGCUCCUCGGGCGGCUCAGCCCGGGACCAAGCCGAGGACCCAGCCAGCUCACCCACCUCCAAGCGCAAGCGGGUCAAGUUCACCACCUUCACCACGCUGCCGUCAGAGGAGCUGGCCUAUGACUCGGUGCCCGCCGGCGAAGAGGACGAGGAGGAGGAAGAGGACCUGGGUUGGGGCUGCCCGGAUGUGGCGGGCACCACGCGGCCCACUGCACCCCCGGACCUGCACAAUUACAUGCGCAGAAUCAAAGAGAUUGCCUAGAGGCGCCAACCGGAGUAGCAGGGACUCCCCCAUCGGGUCAGCUCGGGGUAGGACACAGCCGGGACCCCCGGUUCACACGGACUCUGGGCGGCUGAAUUGAUUUUGUACUCCCUGCCCCUGUAGCUUGGCUCGGUCCGGGUCGGGCCGCCUCAGUGUCUGGGCCUCCCCUCGCCUCACACCGUUACCCUCUUCUGCCCCCUGCAGGUGGAGGGCUCUUCCUCCAGUGGCUCGCAAGGAGGAAAGCAACCCCAGCCUCUGUUCUACCCUUUCCAAAUCUCCUCCCAUCUUAAGCAACUCCCUGCCCCAAGAGUGAGGCAAGGAGGUCCAGCUUGGGGUCAGGUGGGCCCACGCUGUGUCCCGGCCCCGCCUCCCGUCCCCCCUGUCGUCCCCCUGUGCAGGGGGUUCUGUGGGGGUCUUGUGUCACAGGCUGCACAAAGACUUUCCUCAAACUAAUAUUCAGGGAUUUCUGUCCUGCAGGGUGGGGAGGUGGCGGCUGCCUGCCCUGCCAAGGAUCUUGCUGUGGAUGAAAUAUCUGUGGAUGAAAUAGGGGGACAGCUGUAGCAUCUGCUGGCAUUCGCGUGCCUCCCAGGACCUGGGAGCUGACUCUACAGAGAGGUCUGGUGCCAAGCCAGGCACCUUCCUGAGUUCUCAGGACUCCCACCCCUGCCCCAAGGGCUUUGGGCAGGGACCUAAAGGGGAAAGAGUCCUGGAUCCAUCUCUAGCCAAAUCACACCCCAGAGCCAGAGGCCUGGGGACCUCCUUGCCUUCCCCUUCCCCCACAGCAAGGUCAACACUACUACGCCUUAGCCACCCCUCACCCUGCUGACCGCGCCUUCCCUCUGCAGCACAGGGCAGGCAGCCACCUAUCCCCCACAAGACGGAACCCAGGAGGGGAGUAGAGGGCACCGGGGAAUGCUGUGAGGGACUUUAGGGUGGGCAAACGCAGAAGGGAGCCAGUGUCGCCCCUACCCCAUCCCACAGCCAUUUUUCUCUCGGGUUCUACCCACCACUGUGUCAGAUUUUUCUUAAAUAAAUGGAAGUGGUCAGACUGGAGGUGGGGGCAGCAGCUCCCAUGAACAAACAGUA